UUUCCUCCCACUGACUCGGGCUCCUCCAGCUUCUGCGGGGCUUGGCGCCGCCGCCCGUGAGCACCCAGGCCGGGACCCCACGUCCCCAGGCCAGCCCUGACCCCGGCGGCCCCUCCGGCAGGAUUCCUUUCCGAGGUGCUAGUGCCGGCCCAAGCGCCGGGCAGCGCUUUGUCGCGUCCGCCCCUCGGUGAUCAGCUCCGGGUCCCCCUGCUCGGCCCCGCGCGCCCCGAGCGCAGUCCCCGGAAGUGCGCGCCGGGGCCCCAGCGAAGAGUCUGAGAAGCCAACUGGGGCCAAGCAAGUUUUAGAACCUCUACUGGCUGAUGCCAACAUCGUCAGAGAUGAACUGUUCUUACCAGAAACUUCUCUGCUCCUGACAGCACACCUCUCCCCAGAAGAGAAGAAGGAGAGUGGCCACGUUGAUUCAGCCAAGCACCUCCAGGAGGUCCCCUCUGGAUGUCCCAUGAGGCUGCCGCUCAGCCACAACCCGGAGCACGUGGAGAUGGCUUUGCUCAGCAACAUCCUAGCAGCCUAUUCCUUUGUCUCAGAAAAUCCUGAGCGAGCAGCUCUGUACUUUGUUUCUGGUGUGUGCAUUGGACUGGUGCUGACUCUGGCUGCUUUGGUGAUAAGGAUCUCUUGCCACACAGACUGCAGGCGGCGUCCCAAGAAGAAGUUCCUGCAGGACAGAGAGAGCAGCAGCGACAGCAGCGACAGCGAGGACGGUAGUGAGGACACCGCGUCCGAUCUCUCCGUGCGGAGACACCGCCGCUUCGAGAGGACUUUGAACAAGAACGUGUUCACCUCCGCGGAGGAGCUGGAGCGCGCCCAGCGGCUGGAGGAGCGCGAGCGCAUCAUCAGGGAGAUCUGGAUGAAUGGCCAGCCUGAGGUGCCCGGGACCAGGAGCCUGAACCGCUACUAUUAGGGAGCAGCAGGACCCCGGAAACCACUGGAGGCCGCCUGGAAGGGAGAGGAUCUGCAGGGACAGUAGACACAAGGAACUGAACCCAGCUCUGCUAAUAUUGUGAUUUCAGAGAAAAACCAGGACAUGCCCCUUUUCUAGCCAGGGGGAUUGCUCCUUUUUAGCCAAAUGUAUGGAGAAGUAGAAAAAUCAAAGCAGUUCAUCAAUCUUCCAGGUCUUGGAAUGGUGCUGAAAAACCCUCUCCAACACUGUGGAUGGAGAUCGGAGAAACGCUACUUCGGUUUCUCUUGAUUUCUGAGGAUCUCAGAAGUUUCUGCAGACUUCCUUGCUAUGUGUUAUUCCUUUGCAAAAGGAAAGAUCAUUAUAGCAUGAGGGCUUGGAAUAGCAGGGUGAACUUAACCCAAUAAAUGCAAUUUCCUAAAUGGGCUCCAUGCUAUGGAGGUGAUUCGGAGUCAAAUAGCGUGAUCCAUGCUUAUUAUUUAAGGCUGAUUUUUAAAAUCUCGUUUUGCAAGGGCAACGCCGUCCAUUUUAACUGGCACCUCAGGGAUUAAAAUCCUAUUUUUUAGUAUAGUUCCCAUCUCAUUCAUGAAAAAUGAAUACAACUAUUGUAUUAUGGGAGAUGUGUCAGUGAACUAGAAAAUGUCAAUAACCUCAAAGGAUGAAGGGUUUUUAUUUUAAAUAGUUUAUAAAAUAUAUAUUGACAUGCAUAUUUGAAAAUGCUGCAUAAAAAUAAAAGUGGUGUGUUUUCCCCCUCUUUGGAGACAAGAAAAUUUUAUUAUGAUUCUAGAUAAUUGUGAUUUUAAACACUUUGUUUUUUUAAAAAAAGUUUGAAUUUCAAAGAAAAGAAUGGAAAUGAGAGGUAAGGAUUAAAGCCAAAGUUAGGAUGGGAAUUAAAAAAAUAAACAUUACAUAAAAUCUU